AGCGGAGACGCGCAGCUGAAAUCCGUGAAUAGCCAGACAUGGCGGCGGAUCUAAAACCGGACUGGAUCUCCUGUCUCCCUUCUUCGUGGAGUUCUGGGGUUACUCGGGACGGACGGAUUUUCUUUAUCAAUGAAGAAGCAAAGAGUACAACCUGGCUGCAUCCAGUCAGUGGAGAAGCAGUCAUCACAGGGCAUAGGAAAACUCCAGAUUUACCGACUGGAUGGGAAGAGGGAUAUACGUUCGAGGGAGCCCGAUGCUUCAUCAAGUCAGAGUAUGAGGAGGAGCAGUGCUGUCAGUCACAGGGAGUGGAGGUGGCAGGAGGUGUCAGGGCCAGCGAGGUGGACAGGCAGGAGGAGGUGCUAUGCCACAAUGAGCGGAAGGUGACCUGCAAGCACCCAGUGACAGGCUCUCCCUCUCAAGACAACUGCAUCUUUGUCGUCAACGAACAGCCUGCGCCCAAACCGUCAGCGAAUGAGAAGAAGGAGCGGCCUCUGAGCACCAUGAGCGAGACGUCCAACUACACAGGUGGCUCGGGCGACUACGCCACCUACCCCAACAGCCCUGCGGGCACACAGCGACCAUCAAGACCCUCUAAAAAAAUCCACAAUUUUGGAAAGAGGUCGAACUCCAUAAAGAGAAACCCGAACGCACCAGUUAUAAAAAGCAACUGGCUUUACAAACAGGACAGUACCGGGAUGAAGUUGUGGAAGAAGAGAUGGUUUGUGCUGUGCGACAUGUGCCUCUUCUACUACAGAGAUGAGAAGGAAGAAGGGAUCCUCGGCAGCAUUCUUCUGCCCAGUUUUCAUAUUUCCCUGUUGUCUGUGGACGACCACAUCAACAGAAAGUACGCCUUCAAGGCCACGCACCCCAACAUGCGCACCUACUACUUCUGCAGCGACACAGCCAAAGACAUGGAGUCCUGGAUGAAGGUGAUGACGGAUGCAGCCCUGGUGCACAGCAACCCAGUCAACAGGCUGCUCAAAGUGGAGCAGUGUGGCCCACAAGACGUGAUGAAUAACGGGCCGAACCACCACCCAGCUGUGCAGCAGCAGCAGCAGCAGCAGCAACAGCAGCCCCAGCCCCAGUACCAGGCCCCGGACCAGCCGGACCAUCAGCCCCUGGAGCAGCCGCCGAGCGGCGAGCCGGGCAGUGGCGAGGGCUACGGGAGCGGAGGCGGCGGGAGCGGCGGCGGCAGCCUCGAGCGAGAGCGCCCUCCGCUGGAAGAGGACCGGCGGCAGCACGACGCCGAGCGCUACGGUUUCCAAACGGACGGCGGCGGAGGCGGCGACUGGGACCGGGACCGGCAGCCACUCACCAAGAUCACCGGCGCACGUCUGCAGCAGCAGCAGCAGUACCAGCAGUACCAGCAGCCAGCCAAUGGGGGGCCGCACCAGGGCCUCCAGUCCAGCCCGGCCCAGCUCAACGGCACCGGCGUGGGGGAGCGCGGCAGCCCCGGAGCGGACCUGGGCAACGGGCCGAACCAGAGGGCGGGCGCCCAGACUCCCGUGCCCGAGCCCCAGCGCGUCCUGCAGAGGACCAACUCCAUGCAGCAGCUGGAGCAGUGGGUCCGCUCUCAGAGAGGCCGCGGCCAAGACGACGACACCCGCAGCGUCUCCUCCUACCAGACGUUGCCCAGGAACAUGCCGAGCCACCGGCCGGUCGCCAUGCCGAUGUACGCCGACGGCUACCGCACGCUGCCGCGCAACAGCCUGGCGCGGCCGGACAGCGUGUGCAGCAUCUCGCCCUCGCUCUACGACCGCAUGCUGGGCCCGCCGCCGCCGGGCUCGGUCCCGGGCGCCUCGGACAAGCGGCGCUCCAUGCGCGACGACACGCUGUGGCAGCUGUACGAGUGGCAGCAGCGCCAGGCGUACGUGCGGCACCCCGCGCACCACCACCACCCGCAGCAGCGCCCGCCGCACCAGCUGUACGGCGGCAUGCCCAGCCCCAAGACCAUGAUCAACCUGUCGGAGCACGCCGGGCCCUCCAUCCCGCCCUCGCCCUCCCACGGCUCGCUCUACCAGCCCGGCUACUCGCCGCUGCACGGCUACAGCGCCGGCGGCUCGCGCUCCGAGCUCUCCUCGCCCGUCUACGGCCGCGGGGACCUCAGCAUCGACCGCCGUCACCGGGGGCAGCUCAACAAGUAUGGUUAUCCACCUGAUCGUAGGUCCAUGCCAACAGGAAUCCCAAUCCAGACCAUCACUCCUCAGUCACUGCAAGGGAAAACGCCGGAGGAGCUGACCCUGCUGCUGAUCAAGCUGCGGCGGCAGCAGGCCGAGAUCACCAACAUCCGAGAGCACACGCUAGCGCAGCUCAUGCAGCUCAACCUCGACGGCCACAACCCAAAGAACGACAUUUUGUCCCAUCACCUCCAAAGGACCCUCAUGUAUCUGGACGAGCAGCAGAUGAGCCCAGAUGACUACAGAGAGCAUGCCUAUAUGUGCAGACCAGAGGAGCAUGACACUGAUAGCAAGCUGAGCCGGCUGUGUGAGCAGGACAAGGUGGUCCGGAGUCAGGAAGAGAAACUGCAGCAGCUCCACAGAGAGAAGCACACCCUAGAGACGGCGUUGCUGUCGGCCAGUCAGGAGAUUGAGAUGAGCGCGGAGGACCCGGCAGCCAUGCAGAGCGUCGUCCAGCAGAGAGACCUGCUGCAGAGCGGCCUGCUCAGCACCUGCAGAGAGCUGUCCCGCAUCAACACCGAGCUGGAGCGGUCGUGGAGAGAGUAUGACCUGCUGGAGGCCGACGUGGCCAUGGCCAAGAGCAACCUCCUGGAGCAGCUGGAGGCCCUGGGGAGCCCUCAGACUGAGCCUCCCAGCCAGCAGCAUGUUCACAUCCAGAAGGAGCUGUGGAGGAUCCAGGACGUGAUGGAGGCGCUGAACAAGAACAAGCCCCCGAGGAACGCCGACGGCUCAGGUUUCUUCACCUCCACGCCCAUCUCCAGCCGCCAGAAGAGCGAGGAGGACUCGGUGCCCCCGCGUCCCCCUCUGCCCACCUCCUACAACCCCAGUGAGCGCCCCCCGGUCGUGCCCCCCCUGCCUUCGCCGGGCAGCGUCCGCACCACGCCACAUCGGCCCGAGGACCGCAAGGCGGCCCAGAGAAACGGAGCGCACAGCGGCCCAGACUACCGACUGUACAAGAGUGAACCAGAGCUGACCACUGUGGCAGAAGUGGACGAGACUAACGGAGAGGACCGCUCUGAGCAUGCCAUGGAGAGAGACUCUAGUGGCAAAGGCAUGUCCUACCCGGUUGGAAUAGUGCCUCCCAGAACCAAAUCACCCAUGCCUGAGUGCUCCUCCAUCGCCUCCUACGUCACCCUGAGGAAGAACAAGAAGCCCGACCCCAGAGCGGAGCGUCCGCGCAGUGCGGUGGAGCAGCUGUGUGCGGCGGAGUCGAGCGCGCGUCCGCGCAUGAGCGUGGAGGAGCAGAUGGAGCGCAUCCGGCGGCACCAGCAGGGGGCGCUGAAGGAGAAGAAGAAGGGCCUGGCCGUGCUGGGCGGCGGCAGCAGCCCGGGCACUCAGGAGAACUCGCCCUCACGCAGCCCCUCCUUCUCCAAAGAAAACCCCUUCAGGACCAUGCAGUCCAACCAGAGUCGGCGGAGGAACGAGGGCUUCUGCACUGACCUGCAGGAGCUGGAGGCCUCGCUGAGGGAGCAGGAGGUGGUGCAGGAGCACGAGAGUCCGGCCGAGGAGAUCGCGCGGCUCAAAGAGGCCGUGGACCCCGAGCACUUCAACAUGGACCGUGAGCUGUCCAAGCCAGAGAAGGUGGUGAUCCCCGAGCGCUACAUGGAGCCGGAGCCAGAGGAGGCCCUGAGCCCAGAGGAGGAGGCCGACAAGAGGAAGAAGGUGGACCGCAUCAAGGCCCUCAUCGCCAAGAACAGCAUGCAGAACAUGCACCCUGGCAUGCCUCUGAGCCCAGAGGUGGAGGCGGAGGAUGAGGCCACGGCCCAGACACAAGAGAAGAUCAUCAACAUCUCCUACGAGCUGGCAGCAGAGGCCUCCAAGCGCUCCAAACUGGUGGCCGCAAAAAGCCUCCCAUCCUCCCCCCAGUCCCCCGUGCCCCCUGCAACACACACUCCCCUGCAGCUCACAGAUGGAACACACUUCAUGUGUGUGUAGUGCCCUGGCCACACACAAGCCCUAGCCUCAGUGAAGACCUACACAUGAGGACGGGUGUCUUGGAGAGUGACCCCCCCACAGCACACGGUGUCCCGACUGGUCAGACCGCUGACUCUCUCGGCUUUAAAUACUCCCGAAAGAAAGGAACAUUGCUGCACUGUGACAUCACUUCCUCCCUCCACGGCCCUCCGUAGUAGUCGCGUAGAUGUUCUUAUUGUUUCACCUGCGCAUUCACAGGCCUUCCACACACACACACACACACUGCUGUGGCCAUGCAGGCAAGGUGGGCUUCCGCUCCCCAAGCUCUGCUGUGAGUGUGUGUUGGCUUCAUAUGCAGCUGACUCACACAUGCCAAAAUAUACACAGUUCAAUGCCAAUGGUAACUACAAUAAGCUCAAAGAUAGCUUGCAGAAGCAGGACUACUUCGAGAUCAGUUUUUAAACAGUUUCAUUGUGUUCAGUUAAGUUAUUUUUGGGAUUUUUAACCAUUUUAACCAUUUUUGUUCAUUUUAAAUCUCAUAUCUUUUAGAAUACAGAACACUUCAUUUUACAGUAUUUAAAUGCAUAAAACCACAUUGUUUUUAUAUGAAAAGAUAUAUAUAUAUAUAUAUAUAUAAAUAUGACAGAUAUAUAUACAUGAUACCUAAAAUGAUAACAGAUCCACAUGGUGCCACUUCAUUGCUGCAGUUGAAGAUUUCUUUCCUUGGGUCGUUGUUAUUUAUGUCUGACCGCGUGCAGUUCAUGUCACAGUUGCCGACACACACAUGAAUGUUUUGGCUUUAAAUAUGCUUCAUGUCAUUUCUUUUUUUUUUUUUUUUUUUAAAUGAUAUUUAAAUAGAAAAGAGUUUUCUGGGAUUUCUUUUUAUUUUCCUGGUUGGUUUGGAAUCCUGGACAUGAUAGAGAAGGGACUAGCACAUGUAAAAAAGCAAUAAGUAAAAGUUUGUUAUUCCAGGAUUGCAGAGUAUUUUUUGUAUAAAAUGUAAUUAAAAGAGGAUCCUUGUGUAUAUACUGUAGGCUGCACAGUGGGCAGAGCGUGUGUACAGGAGACCACUUACUGAAGUCAAUAUGCAAAUGUUCAUAUCUCAUCUGAUUUAUAUCAUGUGAAAUAAAUGUUGAUGUUCUUA